UCGGAGCGCCACAUGAAUCGUAAUGCAUCUGAUACCGCUACGUAAAUUUAAAUUCUAUCUCUGCUUCGUGCGGCCAGUCAAAAUGUAGAAGUCCUUACUGCCGGACCAAUUAGAUUUAGUUUCGAAAUGAACGUUCCAACUUGAAGUUUUAACAAAGUUUCAGUUGAUGUGUGAAAAGUUCAGUUGUUCAGUGUGUCUGAUGUUUGUGACUGGGGUACAGAGCUGGAAUGUUUUUGUGGUUGUUUGUUAUUUAUACAGCUGUUGGAGUUGAAGGAAUAAAAUGGGACGCUCCGACACCAUACGAUCCUGUAUGGUUGGCGAGCGUCCAGCAGUACUCCGUAGUUCCAGCACUGAACGAGUCCAGGUUCUGGAUGGGUUGGGUUUCCGAGUCGGAUGUUCAGUUCAGAUUAUUCACAAGGAGUAAUCCAUAUGAUUACCAAGUAAUCAAUAUUAACGACACGGCUUCUCUACGGAACUCCAAUUUCGAUUUUUACAAGAAAAUCAAGGUAUUGACUCAUGGGUGGGUCAAUAAUGGAUACAGCCCUAUGCCGGAAUCAAUCAAGGAAGCUUACCUUAAUGUUAGUGAUGUGAACAUCAUUGUAGUAGAUUGGAGUAAUGCAGCAAAUGUUAAUUAUAUACUGGCUAGUUAUAACGUCGCCAUGGUGGGGAGACUGCUUACCGAGUUCCUCAACUUUCUUAUCCGGGAAGGUGUCUCCAUGAAUGAUGUCCACCUUAUAGGGCACAGUCUCGGAGCCCAUGUGUCGGGUAUCGCCGGUGCUCAUGUCAAAAGAGGCCCGAUAUAUUCUAUAACAGGUUUAGAUCCGGCCUUACCACUCUUCACAUUUGGCAAUAAAGACGCGAGACUGGACAAACAUGACGCAAGGCAUGUAGAAGUUAUACAUACUUGUGGUGGCUACCUUGGUUUUGCGUCGCCAUUAGGACAUAUUGACUUUUAUCCAAAUGGUGGUACACGGCAGCCUGGUUGUGGAUUCGAUUAUAGAGGACUCUGCGCCCAUAAUCGAGCCCACAUGUUCUUUGCCGAGUCCAUAAUUUCCGACGUGCCCUUCACCGGGGUCCGGUGUGAGAGUUACGACGAGCUCUAUUACCACGGCUCCUGUAAGGGCACCGGGGAGACGUUAAUCAUGGGCGGUUUCGACGUACAUUUCGGGAAAGAUGGAAUUUACUACCUCAAAACGAACGCUGACAAACCCUACGCAAUUGGGGACCCGGUGUGAAAUACGAUGAAAUAUUAAUCUCCGACAGUGCCAACUUCGCCUAUAAAUUAAAAUUUCAAAGGAAUUAUUUUGGGGAAGUAAAAAGUGGUCCAUUUGAAGAUAUUCUAAGGGAAUUUUUUUUAACUUAUUAAAUAAGAGUUUUCAUGCCCUUAAUAUUAUUGAUGCAUUUAACUUUAGUAUAAAAAUAAUUUA